AUGUCCGGAGGAGCGUUGAGCAAGAGACAGCAGGCGCGCAAUGAGCGCACUUUACAGGACCUUAUCAAGUCGGUGCCUGGGAACAAUGUGUGCGCAGAUUGCCAGGCCAGAAAUCCAGGAUGGGCCAGCUGGAGUCUGGGUGUCUUCCUAUGUAUGCGAUGCGCCGCCUUGCAUCGCAAGCUGGGCACCCAUAUAACAAAGGUCAAAUCACUAAGCAUGGAUUCCUGGUCGAACGAACAAGUAGAUAAUAUGAAGAAAGUUGGAAACACCGUGUCGAAUCGAAUCUACAAUCCCCAGAACACGCGGCCGCCCAUUCCGUUCGACGUCGACGAAGCAGACUCGGCGAUGGAGCGGUUCAUUAGACAGAAGUAUCAAGAUAGAGCAGUCAAGGCCCCAGCACGCCACAAUACUGGAAGCACAAACUCGGAUGAUCAACCGCCACCUCUACCCCCGAAAGAGGGCAGGAGAUUUGGUUUUAGAUCAGCGUCGUCGAUAUUCCCAUUAUCCUCGAAGUCUAAACGGGAAACAGCCGCACGACAAGAGUUCGAAGCCUCACAGCAAGAUGACUUCAAUGCCUUUGACGAGAGAUCGCCAUCGCAUAGAAUGAACAAACAGUCGAGGAUAUUUGGGAAUAAUGUAGGUGCUACAUACGACGAUGAUUUAGACAUGAAGAUGGCGAAGUUGCGUGAUAUGGGAUUUAUGGACGAGAAGAGAAAUAUCGCCGUCUUGAAGGGUCUCUCUGGAAACCUGGAGAAAUCCAUCGAGACAUUAGCUAGGCUUGGGGAGGGAAAUGGUGUUCCUCGAAUGCCGCCCAAGCCCAACCUUACUACUAACACCUCUGGACCCUCCUCGCGAUCAAGAACUCCCCUGAGUCCAACUGCUGGGUUGACGAUAGAUCGUACACCACAUAAGGAAGCCACGAGGCAAACUUCAAAUCCAUUUGAUAUGCUAGAUAGCCCGCCUCCAAUUGCACCGCCCCAGUCCUCUCAGUCUACUGGAUCUCUUCCUCCGCCACCGAACCAGAACCCAUACCAGCAGACAUCCAACCCAUUUGGGUUGAUGCCGUCACAAUCCCAAGUAGGCUUGAACCAGGCGUUCCAAAGCAUGGCCGUUUCAUCACCUCAGCCACCUCUUUUCCCAAACCACACUGGUGGACUUCCUGGUCCCCAGCAACAAUCCAAUCAACAACAAAUGUACCAACAAUCAAUGACCCCUCCAGUACCAUCUAUUCCCCAACAAUACUAUCCACCCAUCUACGAGAAUGUGCAACAACAGCCCCAACAGCCUCAACAAGUGGAGCAGAGUAUUAACUACAAUCCAUUUAUGCAACAGCAACAACAACAACAAACUCAAAUUCAGACUCAGCAAGUAUCACCGAUCAAUACCAAUUUUCAAAGCAAUCCAUUCAUGCAACAGAUGCAGCCUCAGGGGCAAAAUCUAUAUCAGAGCCCUAUAGAGCAGCAGUCACCUCAGCAGUACCGCUCACCAGCUGCCUUCCAUAGUUACCAAAAUCAACCUCAACCGCAAUCGAAUCCUUUCCUCCAAAACAGUCAGCCUCAGCAGUCAUAUGACUACCAGCAACAAAACCAGCAACAGAAUCAGUUCCAACAGGCACCUCGCCAGCAGACUUUUCCUCCGAUGGCUCAACAGACUAGCAGAGCGGAUUCUCGCACUAUUCUUGACCUUUACAACCAACCGCAAGUAGCCCCUACGCCCCAGCAACCUCAGCAAACACAGCAAGACCAAAUACAAGCUCAAAACAUGGCCAUGCCAUCAACCGUUGCAUACCAGCAGCAGCAGCAGCCGCCGCCGCAACCGAGAAGCAUUUCAAACCCCCUUGCAACACAAAUGGCAGGCAAUAGGAAUCCAUUCAUGUCGAAUGGAGGUGGUGUACAUAGUCCAGCAGGGGAUUCAGUAGGUAAUAUGAAUCCAUUCCCGCAGGUUCCAAACGGAGCGAGGCAUGCCAGUCAGGAGAGCGUCAAUAUUGACGCUGGAGGAUGGCAAAAUGGGAGACAUAGCCCUGAUGCUUGGGGUACGAUUAGUGCUAGGUAUCCGAGAUAG